UCUCAUUUGGUCCUCCUGGACGUCGUCUGGUGCUCUGCCAUCAUGAAACUGAAGCUCCUUCUCAUUUUCCUCUUCUUGGCUGUGCUCCUUAUCCCCACUGAAUCGAAACCCAAACACAAAGACAAACACAAAGACAAACAUGGAUCAAGAGGACAAGGGCGGGAGAAAAAAAAGCAAAAAUUUGAAGAUAUAAUUGAAGACGUCAUCUUCAAGGAGUCGUCUGAUGACGACGACGAAGAUCAGCCUUCUAUGGACUGGCUUCAUGACCUUCAGGAUCUACAUGGGGAAUGCACACCCAAUCCCUGUCUUAACAACGGUGUGUGUAAGCAAAAAGGCAGGAGAGGGUACAAAUGUGACUGUCCCGCACCUUUCAAGGGAAGGAAAUGCGAGAAAGCCCCGAAAGCGUGCAGAAUAGGUGUUUGUGGUCGGGGGGAGUGUGUGCUGACUUCAACCGCUCCUUUCUACGAGUGCAAAUGCAAAUACCCGUUCCAGCCUCCAGACUGCAAACGAUAUUCUGUGUGUGUGCCAAACCCGUGCAGAAAUGGUGGCCAGUGCAUCCGGGAAGGGAAUGACUUUGAGUGUCAGUGUCGCGAAGGAUUCAGUGGACGCUUCUGUCAUGUUGGUCCAAAUGACUGCUAUGUGGGUGAUGGCGAGUCUUACCGUGGGAAUGUGAGCGAGACAGAUGAUGGCUUUGACUGCCUCUACUGGAACUCCCACUUUAUCCUGGAAAAAGGAGCUGAUCCCUUCAACUCGUUUGAGAAUGACGACGGCCUUGGCCCUCAUAACUUCUGCAGAAACCCAGAUGGAGAACCAAAGCCCUGGUGUUUUUUCAGAAGAGGACGAAGAUUGUUUUGGGACUACUGUGAUGUGAAAAAAUGUCCUGAACCAACAGGUGGACCCAAACCUCCUACUGGUGGCCCUCCGACCCCUAGUGGUGGCCCCAAGCCUAAGCCUCCUACCGUUCAGCCGCCUCCAGUUCCCAAACCUCCUACUGGUGGCCCUCCGACCCCUAGUGAUGGCCCCAAGCCUAAGCCUCCUACCGUUCAGCCGCCUCCAGUUACCACUGAAGCAGCAAAGACCACCAAGGCUCCACAGCCGUCCCAAGAACCAAUAGACUCCCCUGAUGUGCCAUCUCCAUCUCCUGCACCAAAACAGUUUGAAACUUGCGGAGUGGCUCAACCAAAAAAGAUCUUAACUCGAAUCUUUGGGGGUCUGAAAGUCAGUCCUGGGGCAGUACCCUGGCAGGUUUCUGUGCAACAGAAACCAAAGAACUCCAACAUGAAAUACAGCCACGUCUGUGGAGGAGUUCUGAUCAAGAGUUGCUGGGUUCUGACAGCUGGACACUGCAUUGAACAAAACAAGGACAUGCAGGUGGUGAUGGGUAGCCUGUCACUGGAAGCACAUGAUCCUUCAGCUCAAGUCAUUGAAGUUGAGAAUGCGAUUGUCCACGAGAACUACAGGGAGACUUCUGCAGCUGUUUACAACGACAUAGCUUUGUUAAGGCUCAGGGGGCGAGAUGGAGUUUGCGCAAAUGAGACCCAGUUUGUGAAGACAGCUUGUCUGCCCGGUGGCCAAAUCUCUGAUGGGACUGAAUGCACCAUUUCUGGAUGGGGGGCCACAGAGGACUCGAAUUAUGGCUCGAAUCACCUGUUAGAGGCUAAUGUUCUGCUGAUCAACCAGGCAAAGUGCUCUGAGCCCACUAUUUACGGGGCCGUCCUAAAUAAUGGCAUGUUCUGCGCCGGCUACCUGCAAGGAGGAGUUGAUUCCUGCCAGGGGGAUUCUGGAGGACCACUGACUUGCAAGCAAAAUGACACCAGUGUUGUUUAUGGUGUGGUGAGCUGGGGAGAUCAGUGUGGAAAGGAAAACAAACCAGGAGUCUACUCAAGAGUCUCUACCUUCCUCGACUGGAUCAAGUCAAAGACUCAAGGACAUGCUUAAAUAACCCAAGGAUAUUAGUUAUGAACAUACCAGCGUGUUUGGCCGAGAAUUAAGAUGUGAUUGAAGUUAUUUUUCGUAACUGCUCUGCACCUGACUGAACUCUUUUGAAGCCUCCCAAAAAACCCCUGAAAUUUUCUCAACAUAUUUUGUCAUUUUCUCACAGGUGAAUGUGAAAAAUAACUUGAAAAAACCUCAAUAAAAGUGUACUCCACUGUGUUCCUUCAGAGAUAAAAUGUCUAACUUUUGCUUCUGCUUAAUGUGUUGUCAUUUUAGCAAAUUAUAGGUAAAAUUAACCGAUACACCGAUUAAUCUGUGAUUGAUAAGUCAAAUAAUAAAAAAAUGUACUUGUU